AUGCACCACAUUAGGCUGGGCAAGUCCCCAUUUGUAAGGCUGACGAUUGAAGUCUUCCUAAGGUCUGUGAGUUCCCCAGCCCCCUCCUCCACUGGCUCAACUUUUGGAAGAGGAGAGGGGCCCUCCGUAAGUUCUGCUAGCAGCCUGUUAGAGAGCCUGCCCUUUGUACAGGCCUCUCACGGGGCCCGUUUCCUCUUCUCUCUCCUUCUCGGUGUCCAGACGUGUGACAGGGGCCGUGUGGCCUCCACCCUGUGCUACUGCAUGACGGUCAGCGGCAUGGUGGUACUGGUGGCCGGGACACUCUGCUUCGCCUGGUGGAGUGAAGAAGAUGCAGGUGCCCAGCCCAGCCAGGCGGCUCUGCCCACAGGACGCCCUGAGCCUGAGGCCGCCGGUCCACUGUUCAGGUCGGUCAGCUUCUUCUGCUGCGGUGCAGGUGGCCUGCUGCUGCUCUUCAGCCUGCUGUGGUCUGUCAAGGCCAGCACCAAGGGGCCACGUCGAUGGGACUCAUAUCACCUCUCCAGAGACCUGUACUACCUCACUGUGGAGCCCUUGGAGAAGGAGAGCUACAGGAUCCCAGAGGUGGUAGCCAUCCCCACUUACGAGGAGGCCGUGCACUGCCGACUGGCUGAGGGGCCCCUGACACCACCUGCAUACCCCGUGGAGGAAGACCCGGAGCGCAGUGCCUCGGGGGAUGCCCUGCUUGGGACCCAGCCCCUCUUGCCUCCACCCAGCUACGAGAGCCUCAUCCUCGCUGACGGUGGCACCUCUGGAGAGACAACACCUGGGGCUGCAUGCUCCUGCCCAGGCCCAGUUCAGACUGCAGGGGAGGAAGUUAAAGGCUUCUAG